AUGCCCAUCACCCGGAUUCUCCUCGCCUUCACUUCGCUCUUGGUCGUGGCUCGAGCUCAAGCUCAAGGUCAAGCGCAAGGUCAGAGUCAAGCUCCAGUGAACUUGACCUGCCCAGACUACUCGAUCUAUUCCACGGAGCACCAUGGGCCAUACUCAGAGGGACGAUACAACCUCUCCUCCCAGCGCCCAGUUCCUCGAUGCCGGACCUUCAAUUCCUCCAUCGUCGAGCAGACGAUCAACAGCACGCUGAGGAAGAUUCAAGACCCGGACCUGCAGAGACUGUUCUUGAAUUCCUUUCCGAACACUCUCGACACAGCCGUGAAAUGGAAGGGCUAUGCCAAUGAUUCGCAAGGCGAAGAGUUGACCUUCUUGAUCACUGGAGAUAUCAAUGCCAUGUGGCUGCGCGACUCCGCGAACCAAAUGCAAUCGUAUCUGUCCCUUCUGCGACCCUCUAAUUUACCGGACUCGUUGGCUUCGCUGUACCGAGGAGUGAUCAAUCUACAGGCUAGAUACUUGCUCACAGAUCCGUACUGCAACUCUUUCCAACCUCCGGCUGAGUCGAAAAUCCCACCUUCCGCGAAUGGCGCCGCAAGCAUGGACACGGUCACACCGAACUAUACCAAUACGUCUGUGUUUGAAUGCAAAUAUGAGCUGGACUCGUUGGCGGCUUUCCUUGAGAUCUCGUAAGUUUGUGUGGCUUUCAGUGGUGCUAUUUGGGCUAAAGGUGACUUGCAGGCACAACUACUUCAACGCGACGCAGGACAUUGAGUUCUUCAAGAAAUUCAAGUGGGUGGACGCUGUGGAAGCUGUGAUGAAAGUCGCCGACACGAUGAUGGUGCCCACCUACGAGCCGAGUGGAAGAGUUGAGAACCUGACAUACACGUUCACGAGGCAGACGACAAGAGCUUCGGAGACAACAGAGAACAACGGGCUGGGCAACCCAUUCAAUAACGGCACGGGGCUGAUUCGGUCCUUCUUCAGACCUUCUGAUGAUGCCACGAUCUUCCAGGGCUUCAUUCCUGCAAACAUGAUGUUCUCCAGGUAUCUGGGCUCAUGUGCCGAGAUCAUGUCCCAGAUCCCGGAUCAGCCAGCGCUUGCCACCCGGAUGAGCACGAUGGCAUCGAACUUGAGAAAGGCUAUCACGAGCAGCGGCAUCGUACAGACAUCUACGUUCGGACGGAUCUACGCCUACGAGGUGGAUGGCUAUUUUGGACAGAAUAUAAUGGACGAUGCCAACAUCCCGUCACUGCUGGCAGCGCCCUUCUUCGGCUAUCUGGACGAGAAUGACGAGGUCUAUCAGAACACUCGCAAACUACUAUUGAGCACAGCAAACCCCUACUGGAUGCACGGCCCUGUUAUCAGUGCGAUAGGUGGACCCCACAAUGGACCCGGCUACGCGUGGCCGAUGGCAGCGAUCGUUCGCAUCCUCACCAGCAAUGAUGAUGGAGAGAUUUCUCAGCAGCUCAAGGAGAUCGUCAGCAGCACCGAUGGCUUGGGCUUAAUCCAUGAGAGCAUCAAUACUUUCAAUGUUACAGACUGGACACGACAGUGGUAAGUCAAGCUCUUCUAGACUGAUACCGUGCUACUAAAUACUAAUCCUGGGUAGGUUCUCUUGGGCCAAUGGCCUAUUUGGACAGACCAUCCUCGAUCUGAGCGAAAGAAAGCCCGAGAUUCUGAAUCAGAGCUUUCAGUAA